UUGAGGGCAAAGAGGUUAGGAAGCCGGCAUGGCGCUCCGGUCAAUAAAAUCGAUAGCUGGGAGCUGCCUGUGUUGCAGGCAAAGGCGGCGCAGAGGUAGCGCCGCCAUUUUCCCCGAAGGCAUCUUCCGGUGUCUGGCUUCCAAGUUGGAGCAGGAGUUUCCUGAAUAACGGCAGGUUUCCGUUAGCCCCGCAGGCGGCCGACGCCGACUCCCUCCGGGCCCCCCGGGCAGCGCAGCCCCGGUUCGGCGGGGACCGGCCGGUCCCGGGAGGGGGUCGCCAUCGCCCGGGGGCCGUGGCGCUGCCUUCUCGGGGCGAAUGGCGCCGCCUUCGGCUCCGCCGUCCGCACGGGGACCAGGAGAGGCUGGACCCGGCCGGAGAAGGGGAAGGAGGCCGAGGGCGGUGAGGUUCGCGGACGUGGCCGUGUACUUCUCCCGCGAGGAGUGGGGGUGCCUGCGGCCCGCGCAGAGGGCCCUGUACCGGGACGUGAUGCGGGAGACCUACGGCCACCUGGGCGCGCUCGGCUGCGCCGGCCCCAAACCCGCGCUCAUCUCCUGGCUGGAACGGAACAGCGAUAACUGGGAACUGGCCGCCCAGGAUCCGCAGGCGGGCCCAAAGGGGGUGCCAGCCCAAAGAAAGACCCGAGCCAGAAAGAAUGGAGAAGAGCUCCCCGCUAAGGAGGCACCCCGCAAGGGGAAGCGAGGGCGAAGGCCCAGCAAACCCCGACUGAUCCCCAGGCAGACAUCUGGGGGUCCCAUCUGCCCAGAUUGCGGUUGCACCUUCCCGGAUCACCCGGCUCUGGAGAGCCACAAGUGUGCCCAGAAUCUAAAAAAGCCUUACCCAUGCCCGGACUGUGGUCGCCGAUUUUCCUACCCGUCCCUGCUGGUCAGUCACCGGCGGGCACACUCAGGUGAGUGCCCCUAUGUCUGCGACCAGUGCGGCAAACGUUUCUCCCAGCGCAAGAACCUCUCCCAGCACCAGGUCAUCCACACGGGCGAGAAGCCCUAUCACUGCCCCGACUGUGGCCGCUGCUUCCGGAGGAGCCGGUCCCUGGCCAAUCACCGGACCACGCACACGGGGGAGAAGCCCCACCAGUGCCCCAGCUGCAGCCGGCGCUUCGCCUACCCGUCCCUGCUGGCCAUCCACCAGCGCACGCACACCGGGGAGAAGCCCUACACCUGCCUGGAGUGCAGCCGCCGCUUCCGCCAGCGCACGGCCCUGGUCAUCCACCAGCGCAUCCACACGGGGGAGAAGCCCUACCCGUGUCCGGACUGCGAGCGGCGCUUCUCCUCGUCCUCGCGCCUCGUCAGCCACCGGCGCGUGCACUCGGGGGAGCGGCCCUACGCCUGCGAGCACUGCGAGGCCCGCUUCUCGCAGCGCAGCACGCUGCUCCAGCACCAGCUCCUGCACACCGGGGAGAAGCCCUACCCGUGCCCGGACUGCGGCCGCGCCUUCCGCCGCAGCGGCUCGCUGGCCAUCCACCGCAGCACGCACACCGAGGAGAAGCUGCACGCGUGCGAGGACUGUGGCCGCCGCUUCGCCUACCCGUCCCUGCUGGCCAGCCACCGGCGCGUGCACUCGGGGGAGCGGCCCUACGCCUGCGACCUGUGCUCCAAGCGCUUCGCCCAGUGGAGCCACCUGGCUCAGCACCAGCUGCUGCACACGGGGGAGAAGCCCUUCCCCUGCGGCCAGUGCGGCCGCUGCUUCCGCCAGAGGUGGUCUCUGGCCGUCCACAAAUGUAACCCCAGAGCCCCCGGUUGCAGCCCGGCGAUUGUGGGGCCGGGCCAGAAGGGAAAUAUGGGCCCCAGAGGCAGCGGCGACCGGGUUGAAAAGGGCAGCCUGAGGCUGGGCGCGGGGCCCCGCCGUUGUUUCGCGGGGCUGGGAGGCCCCAUGGCGCCGCCCCCAGCCCUGCUCCUGGCGCCGAGACCUGGGCACAGCGGGCCUGGUUGCCACAAGCCCGUGGCCCUCAGGUUCGCGGACGUGGCCGUGUACUUCUCCCCCGAGGAGUGGGGGUGCCUGCGGCCCGCGCAGAGGGCCCUGUACCGGGACGUGAUGCGGGAGACCUACGGCCACCUGGGCGCGCUCGGAUUCCCAGGCCCCAAACCAGCCCUCAUCUCUUGGAUGGAACAGGAGAAUGAGGCUUGGAGCCCCGCCGCCCAGGAUCCUGAGGAGGGGGAGAGCCUGGGAGGAGCUCGGAGAGGAGAAACAGCAAACAAGAAGGAAGUGGAACCCGAGGAAGCAUCCGGAGCCAAAGGAUCCAGAAGAAUCCCUGGGAAGGAACCGCUGGAAGAAACGAUGAAACGCAGCGCUGCCUCGACCAUCAGCAAGACCCGCACCAGCUCCCAAGCACCGCGGAGAGCGACCUGGGACCAGGGCGCCAACGCCCUGCCGGGGCCGGGGGACGCUCAGAGGCGCCACGUGUGUGCCGACUGCGGCCGCCGCUUCACCUACCCGUCGCUGCUGGUCAGCCACCGGCGCAUGCACUCGGGUGAGCGGCCCUUCCCCUGCCCCGAGUGCGGCAUGCGCUUCAAGAGGAAGUUCGCCGUGGAGGCCCACCAGUGGAUCCACCGCUCCUGCUCCGGGGGCCGCCGCGGUCGGCGGCCGGGCAUCCGGGCCGUGCCCGGGGCCCCGGUGCGGGGCGACCAGGACCCGCCCGUGCUGUUCCGCCACUACCCCGACAUCUUCGAGGAGUGUGGGUGAGCCGCGUGGUGGCCGGGCUGGGCCGGAGGUGGGCACCUCGUCCAGGACUUGGGAACUGUAACUCAUCCGUUGGGCUUCCCGCAGGGAUCCCUCAAGUUUUCAGACUUGUAAAAAGAAAAGUGCCUGUAAAGAUGGAAAAAGAUUAGGCUUGGGGACCAGAGUGAUAGUACAGGGGGUAAGGUAGGGCAUUUACCUUGGAUGCCGCUGACUAGGGUUCUAUCCUCGGCAUCCCGUAUGUCCCCUGAGCACCGCCAGGAGUAAUCCCUGGGCAUCGCUGGGUGUGACCCCAAACGUGACAAAACAAAAGAUUUGGUUUGUCCUUCAAGUAUGGUCCUCUGAGCACCAAGUAUGGUCCUCUGAGCACCACCAGGAGUAAUUCCUGAGUGCAGAGCCAGGAGUAAACCCUGGGCAUCCCAGGGUGUGGCCCCAAAACAAAAGAUUAGGCUUGGCCCUCGUUCCCCACAACUUUCAAAAACAGAUGGAGAGAAUGGGGGUGCUGGUCUCCCAUGUUCUCUCAGCAGCAGGUACAGACGAGAUCUUUCCAUCAUCUCAGAAAGUCCCCUCUUGCUGAUUCUUUACAGAAGAGGGAGCUGCUGAGGGGCACUUAAGCCUGGAGGGGCCCCAGGUAAAGGUAAAGCCCUGGUAACGGGCACCAUCCCGGCCCAGGCAGUGAGGAGAGUGGGAGAGGGCCCAGGGCACGCAGAUCUCACACAGAGGCCGCUCGGCUAGAAAGCGCCCUCCGUGAGCUUCUGUACCUCAUCUGUAAGACGAGAUUUGAUAAUGUCUACCUCAAAGGAGAGAGUUACUGUGCAGACUGAAACGUUAGGGUAAUCUGUAUGUCAUGGUACAUGUGCAAUAAACAUUUAUUGAG